AGCAUAAUAUACAGUUUCUUUCUCUACAAUUUUCCGAAAACGUUCCCUGGCAAUGGAGGGUUGCUCUCUACAGUCACCGGCUUUAACCACUAUACCAUCUUCGCUAUUCCCUAGUGGCUUCAUUGAGAAACCUUUUGUGCAUGGCCAAGUCCUCAAAUUUCGCAAUUCAAACGGGUGCUCAACUGCCAGAAAGCUCAAAUUUCUUAGUACCAGAGCUCAAGCUUCAGGCACAGCAAAAGUCAGGUCAGAGGCAGUUGAAGCACUUCCAAAGAAAAAAGAUUUGAAAGACGAUGAUCUUGUCUUUGUUGCUGGUGCCACUGGUAGAGUUGGCUCACGCACUGUGAGGGAACUUUUGAAACUUGGGUUCCGAGUCAGAGCUGGUGUGAGGAGUGCACAGAAAGCAGAAACUCUUGUGCAAAGUGUUAAACAAGUGAAGCUAUAUGUCGAAACUGCAAGUGAAGGAACUCAGCCUGUAGAAAAGCUUGAAAUUGUGGAAUGUGACUUAGAGAAACAAGAUCAGAUUGGACCAGCAUUAGGCAAUGCAUCUGUGGUUAUAUGCUGCAUCGGUGCCAGUGAGAAGGAGGUCUUUGAUGUCACUGGACCUUAUCGGAUUGACUACCUGGCCACCAAAAACCUUAUUAAUGCAGCAACUAUUGCAAAAGUUAAACACUUCAUUUUGCUUACCUCACUGGGAACGAAUAAGGUUGGGUUUCCUGCUGCUAUUUUGAAUUUGUUUUGGGGAGUCCUGAUAUGGAAAAGGAAGGCAGAAGAAGCACUGCUAGCCAGUGGACUUCCCUACACUAUAGUGAGACCUGGAGGCAUGGAGCGGCCUACUGAUGCUUACAAGGAAACUCAUAAUACUACCCUCUCUCAGGAAGAUACUUUAUUUGGUGGCCAGGUGUCAAACCUUCAGGUGGCAGAGCUCAUGGCAGUCAUGGCCAAAAACAGGAGCCUUUCAUAUUGUAAAGUAGUGGAGGUAAUUGCAGAGACAACUGCGCCAAUUACUUCCUUGGAGGAACUUCUUAAAAAGAUCCCAUCUCAACGUGUUGACAUCUACUCACCAGAGGAAUCGGGUGCUGCAGGUCUGCCUGAUUCAUCACCAUCUGUGACUGUCAAAUCUGAGGAACCAAGCACUCCAAUUAAGAAGGAAUCUUCCAGUGCAAAAACAAUGACAGCACAACCACUCUCUCCUUAUAUUGUUUAUGAGGAUUUGAAGCCACCCAGCUCUCCAUCCCCAACACCAAGCGGUCCCAAAGAAACACCUUUACCACCAUCUACUGGAGGCAAUGAUGUAGCAAAGACUCUUGUGACUGGUGUUGUUGAAAAAGUUCCUCCCCAGAGUUCAACUUAUCAUUCUUCACCCUACGCUGUAUAUGAUGACCUGAAGCCCCCUACAUCUCCGUCUCCUAGUGCACCAACUGCAUCAAUCCUCCCAACACCUAAUAUAGAUGGCAGAUCCAACGGAGGUACCUUGUCAGUCAACAACAUAGCUCAAUCUCUAACAUCAGAUGAACCAAGGGAUAAACAGCAUCAUGCUGGACCAAAGCCAAGACCACUUUCGCCUUUUACUAUGUAUGAAGAUUUGAAGCCUCCAACAUCCCCAAUCCCAUCCCCAAGGAGAUCUUAGAGAAAGUACUGCCGAUUCUUUUCAUCAAGCACAAAAGUGACUUUGAGUGCAUGAUUUGGAUCAGAAACAUGGAAGUAUGUCGCGACGGUGGUUUAAACAUGUAUACUAGUAAUCACUGAGAAGCAAGCAACUGAAAUUGCGGGAGUAACUUUUAAGGAUGAUUCUUGUAUAUCAUUGAUCAUUACAUACAAUUAUAUCUGUUCUAUAUACUCUUCCUUUUA